GGCACCUCGUGCACCGAGGAGAAGGAAGGGGCUUGCCGCCUGCGCCGGCUCUUCUCUCUGCCAAGCUCCCCAGCCUAGGGCGGCGGGCACUGCGGCUGCCUCCUUGCCCUGUGCCUGCCUGCGCCGUGCAAACAAUGAGCCGGCAAGGAGCGGCCACAGCACCCUCGGCUGCCUAGAAAGGAAGCGGGGACCCUCUUCUUCUUCUUCCUCCUCCUCCGCCGCCGGCGCCGCCGCCUCUUCCUCUCCUCCAGAGGAGACGCCAAGAGGACGGGUUUAAAUAUGAAUGAAGACCCGACGGUAAAUUUAACGUGGCUGCUCCAGGAUCACUUAGAAGCCAGUCCGACAGAGAAUGUCUCGGCAAUGGUCACCUCCCUGAUUCCUGUUGAUGACCCAGAACCAGGUUUUAUAGUAAACCCGUGGGAUAUUGUCUUGUGUACUUCAGGAACCCUUAUCUCCUGUGAAAAUGCGGUGGUGGUCCUUAUUAUCUUCCAUAAUCCUAGUCUUCGUGCCCCAAUGUUCCUAUUGAUAGGCAGCUUGGCCUUGGCUGACCUCUUAGCAGGAAUUGGGUUGAUCUUCAAUUUUAUUUUUGCAUACCUUCUCCAGUCAGAGUCCACCAAACUGGUCACCAUAGGAUUGAUCGUUGCAUCUUUCUCUGCCUCUGUCUGCAGUUUGCUGGCUAUCACUGUCGACCGGUACCUCUCACUGUAUUAUGCUUUGACUUACAAUUCAGAGAGGACUGUCACUUUCACCUAUGUCAUGCUUAUUUUGCUCUGGGGAGCUUCAAUUUGUAUUGGACUGCUGCCUAUUAUGGGCUGGAACUGCCUCAGAGACGAAUCCACCUGCAGUGUGAUCAGACCACUCACUAAAAAUAACGCGGCCGUCCUCUCUGUCUCUUUCUUGCUCAUGUUUGCUCUUAUGCUACAGCUGUACAUUCAAAUCUGUAAAAUAGUGAUGCGCCAUGCCCACCAGAUCGCUUUGCAACACCACUUCCUGGCCACCUCCCACUAUGUGACGACCCGAAAAGGAGUAUCAACGUUAGCCAUUAUCCUGGGAACCUUUGCUGCUUGCUGGAUGCCUUUUACACUUUAUUCUUUAAUAGCUGACUACACUUAUCCUUCCAUAUAUACCUACGCUACCCUCCUUCCAGCCACGUACAACUCCAUUAUCAACCCUGUAAUAUAUGCUUUCCGAAACCAAGAAAUACAAAAGGCCCUUUGGCUCAUCUGCUGUGGAUGCAUCCCUUCCAAUCUUUCUGCAAGGGCAAGAUCCCCCAGUGAUGUUUGACUAAGAGAGAAGAGGACAUUGUUCAUCUAGCAUUUAUGUUACAUGGCUGUACUACUUUCAUUGUAUUGUACAUAACAGGUUUGCACACAGGGAGUAUUGGCCUUUUCAGAGAGAAAUACCAUGUUGACCAAAAUAAACCAUGGGAGGAAAACGAUUUAUAUUUUUGUUUUGACCAAUUUUAAAUAUUACUCAGAUUCUGUUCUUGUUGCAUUCUAAGGGAAUUUCUUAGCUCCUCCCUGUUUUUUUCAACCCAACUUUGAGUCCCCAAAUAUUCUUGGAAUGAAACUCCCAGAAGCCUUCACUGCUACCUGCGAUGAUCAGGAUUACUGGGGGUUGUAGUCCAGAAACAUCUGGGGACCCAAAGUUGGGAACGACAGCUCUGAAGGAAGAGACCACUAUCACAAGGAAUUUAUUUAUUUAGUUCAUUUUUAUUCUGUUUUUCUUCCCUGAAUUCCAAGUAGCCUCUGUGGCUUUUCUCCUCCCUGAAACCGUGUGAGCUAGAAUGGUCUGAAAGAGAGUGACUGGCUUAAGGUCACCCAGUGAGUCUCAUAACUCAGUCAGAGUCUAUUACCUGACCCUCCCAAGUCCCAUUUCAGUAUCCUGUAUCCUGGUGCAGCCUAUGAUCCAAAGGGGAGUGCGUGGAUCAAGCAGAGGGAAUCCCUACUGCUGAGACUGAGGCAGAAAUGACUCUAGCCACUGUAUUGCACUGGCUUUCAUGUAUGUGUAGCUUUCAUUCUCCUGUUAAGACUAAUGGAAAGCCAGUUGCACAGGGUCUCUAUAGAUGUAUAGGAUGAGUGUAUAUAGAGUUCUGGAUCAAAGGGGCAAACGUACAGCCAAUUUUGAAACCGGACUGGUUGACUUCAGCAGUAUUGCUAGUUGUGAACUGGUUGCAGGAGGAAAAGAAAGAAUAUGUUUCAGGUGUUUCUUCAUGCCGUAUAUCUUAAUACUCACAUUAUGGGACAUGUAUUUGUGUAUUGUUGGGCAAAAGGUAUGUGGCGUUAAUCAAAUGAGAAAAAGAGAUAAAAUGUGGUUUUGUUUGCUUUUGAUGCCAUAUGGGGAAGCAUGUUCCCAUCUGGACUGCAGGGUAUUUGGGAAUCCACAAUCUCAUUUGCACAGUUCAGAAUGGAUUAGCAUGUAUGGGGGGUCCAGAUGCACAUUCCAGUGUGGAAGAACAUGCAGGUGUCUUUCUGCAUCUGAUAUUCAUGUGUUAUUCAUAACAGAGUAAAGCAGACUGUUCAAAAAAGUUUGCUGAAAACGUAGCCUCAUAGCUACUCCCUAUAUAUCAGCUUUGGGAAAACUGUGCCCUCCAGAUGUUACAUCAACCCUGACUAUUGGCCAUGCUGGCUGAAGUUGUUGAGGGUUGAAUUCUAACAAUGGCUGGAGGGCCACAGGUUGUCCACUCUUGCAAUACAUGUGGUUUUCCCAAAGUGUAUUGGUAAAAAAACAAAUUAACACGUUUGUAUGUUUCAGACCGAUUAUGCUAAGUUGUGGUAUUCCCACCCCACCCCCAUUUUAAAUAGUCAUAUCCUGUUCAGUCCUAGUGAAAAGAGUGAGCAACAGCUGUAAUUCGGUUUCUAUUCAUGUAAAUCAAGCUGUAAAUCCAUCAGGAAUCUUCUGUAGCCCCAUUAUUAUAGUAUAAUUUGGUGUGUAGAAGUACAUUUCCAGAGAACAACUAAUAUUGCAAUAAAUAAGUUGAUUCUGCAAUAAUAGAGCUCAGAACAUACAGUUUUUCAAAGAUAUUAAAUUUUCAGGCAGUCUUGCAACUAGCCACUUUGCCCACACAACUGAUGACGAACACGUUCUUCUGGUUGUGUAUCUUGCCAAACUUCACUGCUCAAGCUGUCUUGUGACACUGAAAUACAUGGGAAUAGGCAUUAAGGCUAGUGGGGGGAAAUAUAGGGGGCUGUGUGUGUGUUUUCAGUUUUAAAAUCCUCAGCUUCAAGACUGCAUGAACAAUGAAAUAAAUGACUUAGACAUGACGUUUUAUCUUCAGCGUCAACAUGGAACUGCACUGUAAGAUGUGUCACUGAUAUUUGUAUGUAUCACAUGGCAUUCCCUUUGUUCAGGACUUCUCUACUGAAGUCUGGCAUUUUCAAAUUGGGGCACAUGGGGUCAUAAUUCUGGAUAAUGAAAAGCACAUGAAACACUUUUUCUACUUUUCUAGAAACCCUCCACUGUUUCAAAGCACAACAGUGUACACAUUCCUUUUCUACAACUGUGAAAGAUGGAGACUGCUGUCACAAAUAGUUUACACAAGAAAAGAGUUGAUUUAUGUAGUUGAAAGCUUUUUUAAAAUUCAUACUACAAAUAGAAGAAAACAUAAUAGUAUGUAUACUGUAUGUAUGUUUUAAUCUUUUGUAAAACUUUAAAAGUAUUGGGGCGUUAUGUCAGAUCCCUAAUGAGAACCUAACUUGUUCUGAUUUUAGAAGAAAAUCUAUCUGAGUCAAUGGGGACUAUUCCUAGAGCGUAUCAUUAGCUGCUUGCUCUUCAUCAGCCUUCUCUGCUUCAUUUGCAGACAAGUUAGACAACAACAAACCUAAAACUGGGGCUAGAAGCAGAAACCCAUAAGCAUUUCUGCAGAGCUAGUGCAGCUGCCACAUCCUGAAUUGUUCCAAUUCUGUGCCAUUAAUGGCUACAAAGCUGGCAGAACUUCAGCAAGAUGUCCAAUGACUGCAUCCCUCCUUUCUAAGAUUAAACGAUUGGUUAAAUUUCUGCCUGUUGUUCAGCUGUUCUUUGCAUCAGACUGCUCUGAGGUGUCACCCCUAAAACGCCCAGAAUCCAGGUUAGUAAUUCGCUGUAUCUUUUUCAUAGGUGGGUAAUAAAAUUGAUUUUAAAAUGGUGGUACAGCAUUACAAGAGAAUUUCUUGGCCAAAGCCAUCCUGAGUGCUGAAUCUGUACAAUAAUAGAUUAAAUGGGAAAUAUAAGAAAAAUAAUAGUUAUUUAAAAUGGGACCUCUGUAUUGCAUCUCACUUCAAUAGUUCUUCAAACUAAGCACAAACCUCUGAGCAAAAAUUCUGCUGCUUUUCGUGGAAAGCAGUUGAAAAUACCUUCUAGCUUCUUGUUUGUCUUCCAUGAUAUAAAUAGUGAAGAACACAUGAAACAUUUUGUUGGAGUUAUUAAACUUUAUUAUUUUGUUUUUGAGAAAGAACACCAAAUAUCCUCCCAAACCACCUAAAUAGCUUAUAGUUUUAUGUCUUAAAAAGAACAUUUCCAGAAAAAGUUGAAACAAAAAAUAUUUGCUGAACUGUAUCUAAUAGGAAACAAAUUUAUAUCCUACGCACUUUAAUCUAUGGAUGGGCAACAGUUUUCCAGGUUUUUAGAUUUUAGUUCCCAUCAGCCCCAAUCAACAUGAACAAUGGUAAAGAAUUAAGGAAGUUUUAGUCCACAGAUCUGGAGAGUAAAAGGUUUCAGACUUCCCACCUUGAUUUAGGGACUAACCUCUAGUAUAGAAACCACACACUCAAAAUCUAGUCAGUAACCACACAUACCCUGACAGUGGACUGCUACUCAUGAAUUAUUACAAAAUCUUUGUAAAAUUGCAGUUUGGGACCAAAAACAAGAACCAA